UGAUGUCUCCUUUCCAACAACAAAGAAUUCAAGACAACCUUUACUUCAACUGGCAUCACACAUUGUGAAGUGAAGCCAAUCUCCUUAGUGUUACUGGCUGAACUGUGGAUGGAGAUUAUGAAGAACUCCCAGUCCCGACGCCUGUUCCUUGUUCCCAUUGUGUUAACUUUACUUUCACUCCACCUAUGCACUGCAUCUACCAGCUCAGGGUCUGACUAUGACUACGGAGCCCACCCACGCUUCGUUUGCACCCCUAUUCCCGUGGAUGCAGACCCUGCAUGCUUCCCCACAGGGGGUCCAGGCGUAGGGGCAGCAGGGCCCAGCGGUCCAGGCCAUCAAAGUGUACCUCCUGCUGGCUGGUGGGGGGCGAGCGAAGAGGCCAAAGCCACCAUCCUCCACCUCCGGGAGAGCCUUGUGCAGCAGAAAGAGACCAUCCUGGACCAAAGGGAGACCAUUAGAGAGUUGACGGCCAAGCUCACCCUGUGCGAGGGCCUCGGACGGGGCAUGACGCCUCACGACGAGCACCACGGCACACCUCAUCACGCAGAGAUGGGCGGUCAUCACGUGUACACUGACAACGGGCACUAUAGCAACCAGCAUGGUCCGCAUGGAAACCUCAUACCAGACUCACCGCACUACCCCUCUAUGGGGGGGCAACGAUCUGAUGGGGGGCACAGCAGCAGCAGCCACCAGGGGAAGGAUAAACAUGUGACUCCGGGGGAAAUAACAUCAUCACCGGAGCAGAUGGAGAGGAUGCUGCAGGCGCUGAAGGACAGGCUGGACAAUCUGCAGAAGAGGAACACGUCUAUCGCUUACUCCAGCUCUCUGAAGGAGCUGCUUCAGAGGAAGAUCAGCGCUCUGGAGCAGCAGCUGCACCAUCGCGCCUCCGCCCUCAGCAGCCCGGACCACCACGAUGACGACAGCAGCCGCAGAGACGACGGAGACCAUCAUGAUGACGACCACUACCACGAUGGACACCCGAAUGACCACAACAACGACCACAACCAUGGCGAUCAUAGCGACAGCAGGAACCACAAUGACCAUCACCACGCGGACGGUGACCACGACGACAACGAUGGCAAUCAUAGCGACAGCAGAAACCACAGUGACCAUCACCAUGCAGACGGUGACCACGAUGACGACCAUGAUGACCGCCACCAUGGUGAUGAUGAUGAUGAUGAUGAUGAUGAUGAUGAUGAAGACCAUCGUAGUAAUGAAGCAGACAGUCGCAGUUACCUUCCACACACAGGGCCACAGACUGGUUUCCACUCAAACAAACUGGAAACAAUGCUCAGCCAGCUGCACCUCGCAGCAGGUUCCAGCAGGAAAACGUCUUUGAGUCCUGAUGGCUUCCAGAUCAGCUUCCCCAUGAGAACCAACUACAUGUACGGGCGGGUGAAGAGGACACUGAUGCAGGAGAUCUUUGCUCUGACUUUGUGUCUUUGGAUCAAGGCGGGCGCAGGGCCCAGCCUGGGGACGCCCUUUUCUUACUCAGCACCUGGACAGGCCAAUGAACUGGUGCUCAUCGAGUGGGGGGACAACCCCAUGGAGCUGCUGAUCGAUGACAAGGCUUUGACACUGCCUCUGUCUCUGGGUGAUGGAAAGUGGCACCACGUGUGUGUGACUUGGUCAACAAGGGAUGGACAGUGGGAGGCCUACCAGGACGGCGUGGAGAGGGGGUCCGGGAUAAAUCUUUCCCCCUGGCACCCGAUCAAACCAGGAGGGGUCUUCAUCCUGGGACAGGAGCAGGACAUUCUGGGAGGCCGUUUUGAUGCCACUCAGUCAUUUGUAGGUGAGAUGUCGGACCUGCACAUGUGGUCACAUGUCCUGCCUGCCAGUGACAUCUACAGCCUAGCCUCCUGCGGCAGCCACCUCAGAGGAGACAUCAUCGCUUGGUCCGAGACAGAAGUGGAGCUUCAUGGAGGCGUGGCCAAAUACCCUUUUGACCCUUGUCACUAAAAGGCCUUCGAGAUAUCCUGAAAUGUACUGAGAACAUUCAUCAUAUAUCAACGGUGCAAGAAAAAAAAACUCUGUUCAACUUUCAGUUAUUUUUCAGGAUGAUUAGGCACCAACUCAAUGCCUUCCUUUAAAUUUAAUCAGUGACUUUUUCUUUAAAAAGAAAAAUAACAAUAAGUCUAAUCUGUGUUUACAGAGACUUUGUAGGGACCUAGUGGUUUCAGGCCUUAGGUUUUGGCCUCUACUUUAAUCAUGAGCCAGGUGCUGUAUGUGACAUAUUGUCAUAUUGUUAAUAAGACUUAAUGCUGUAGGGUCUGUGAUCAAAUCAGAAGACCCUACAUGGGUUCUGUUGUGGUGAAGUGACAAAAUGUAUGUUGUUAGUUUGAAUGAUACUCAUAGAAAUGUGUUGAGAAAUCAACUUGUAAUCUGUAUGCUCCUUUUUUAAAAGGUGUACACGGACAUACAGCUAAUUUACCAAAGAAAAUAUAGAAAAAUAUAGUCAUCUUAAUAAUCUAUGUCAUAGUUUUAUUUUGGGAGAAAAACAGAAACGCCUGUCAGACUGAACCAAGUGUUUUACAGCCUCGUUUUAAAAAACCUUUAUACAAUGAACCCGUUUGUUCACUGAACAAAUUGCUGACAUUUAACACCUUUUCUUCUCCCAAUAAAUUUGAUUUAUCUUUUUGAAAUUGUGUAUUUUCGUGUGAAAAAGUCACUGCACAGUGGCUUUUAAUUUCUUACAUGAU